UUAGUAUUAAAACAGGCCGUCCUGCUGCAGAAGAGCCAGGAGCUGAGGGGCCAUCUGGACAAGAGCAUCGUCCAGCUGCGGGCCCAGAUGGUGCCCUACACCGAGGAGAUGAAGCAGAAGAUGGAGCAGAGCGUGGAGGAGUUCCAGAGGAGCAUGCUCCCCCUGACCCAGAGCUUCGAGACCCAGCUGAACCAGCAGAUCCAGCAGAACCUGGCUCAGAGAGGAGAGGAGCUGAGGACCAAGCUGGACGCCGAGAGCCAGAACCUGAAGAAGCAGCUGACCGCUCUGUGGGAGUCCUUCACCAAGAUGAGCCAGUAGACCUCCGUCAGCCCGACGCCUCCACCCACAGGGAUAUUUAUUUAAACUUGACUCGAUGUAUAUUUUUACUAAAUAAAAAUUCUGACAAAACAAGUUUUGUACAUUAGUCUCGAUUAGCGUGAAAUACUUAGUGAUUCACACACUGGACAUUUAGAAAUGUAAGAUUGAAAUGCAAAAUCAUAAAACUGCACGAAAACACACAAGUUCAUGUUUCGGAAACACUUUGUGAAAAAGUAAUGAAACCAAAAGAAUGUUCAGAAGUUGUUUUUUCAGUCACGUUUCACAAAUCAUUCAACGGGAAUCAUCUUCAUCAAUCCUCACAUUCCAGAAUGUAUUAAAAUCCAAACGGGGGUAAACAUUGCUUUCCUAAUAUAUUAAUAUCUUGUAUACACUGGAUCUAUAAUUUUCUUCACUUUUUAAAAAACUCCUUCCAUAAAUAAGUCUUCAUGGAUUUAUGACCACCGACUUCAAUAGAACCUCCUGGAUCAGGUCCCACAUCACACACACAUUAACACUCAUUUACCGUCAAUUGACUCACUCUUGCACACACACACAUUGACUCACACACAUUGACUGCCACACACUCGCAUUGACUCACACACAUUGACUGCCACACA